AUGUCGCUCUUCCCGUCCAUGAGCGCCCUGAGCGCCACCUUCGGCAAUGCCACGCCCUACGCCAUGAACACCCAACCCGCGCCCCAACGCAAGUCCAUCGCCCACCUCUACCAGUCCUGGGACGUCACCGAAGACGCGCAAAAGAAGGCCACACAGCUCAGCGAUGCCGCCGCCAAGGAGCUCCAGAAGGCCUCCAGCGCCGCCCAGGACAAGGUCGGCAAGAUCGAGCUCUACAGCGGGAAGUACUAUGCUACUUGCACCUUUGGUGGUCUCAUGGCUUGCGGCCUCACGCACUGGGGCGUCACACCCCUCGACCUCGUCAAGUGCCGUCGCCAGGUCGACAGCAAGCUCUACAAGGGCAACAUCGACGGCUGGCGCACCAUCAUCCGCCAGGAGGGCUUCUCCGGCGUCUACACCGGCGGCUCGCCCACGUUCUUCGGCUACUCCGUCCAAGGUGCGCUGAAAUACGGCUGCUACGAGUUCUUCAAGAAGUUCUACUCCGACUUGGCCGGCGAGGAGAAUGCGGUUCGCUAUAAGACUUAUAUCUACCUUGCUGGAUCUGCCUCUGCGGAGUUCUUCGCCGAUAUUGGUCUUUGUCCGUUUGAGGCUGUCAAGGUUCGUAUGCAGACUACGAUUCCUCCAUUUGCGAAGGGAACGUGGGAUGGCAUCAGCAAGAUUGUCGCGUCUGAAGGUAUUGGCGGUCUCUACAAGGGGAUCACCCCACUCUGGGGCCGUCAAAUCCCGUACACCAUGAUGAAGUUUGCCUCCUUUGAAACGAUCGUCGAAAUGAUCUACCACCGUCUUCCAGGCCAGAAGUCCGACUACUCCAAGGGUGCUCAGACUGGUGUUGCUUUCACCGGUGGUUACCUCGCUGGUAUUCUCUGCGCCAUCAUCUCUCACCCUGCCGAUGUUAUGGUUUCCAAGCUCAACGCCAACCGCACUCCUGGUGAAUCAUUCGGCGGUGCCACUUCGCGAAUCUACAAGGAAAUCGGCUUUGGCGGUCUUUGGGCUGGUCUGCCUAUUCGUAUCGUCAUGAUUGGUACUCUCACUGGUCUGCAAUGGAUGAUCUACGACUCGUUCAAGAUCUUCAUGGGUCUUCCAACCACCGGAGGCGGCGGCGAGCAAAAGAAGUAG